AUAACUGACAGUGUCACAACACUUGCAAAGUCUCAGUUGAAGAGAGGAACUUCUGUGGCAUAAAUAUCAAUGAAGAUAUACCUCCUAAAUCUGAGUGCAUACACACAUCCUCGACGCUAUGAAGAGACUGUACUUGAUCGAGCCGAUCGUCGCGAUUUACGCGUUUGCCAGUUUUAUGGUGUAUCCUCUCGUACAGCAGUACGUGUAUCGCAGACUGUGGCUGGAGAUCACAAACUCAUCUUACCCGGUGUCCAACGACACUUCCCGAUGCGCCGCCAACAGCAGCAACCACACCAGCCAACAAGAGGAGGUGCAGAAAGCCGCUUCUCUGUUCUCUAUGUUCAGUGAAUUGUCUUCCUUGAUCCCCAGUCUCAUAGUGACCCUCCUCCUGGUGGCCUACAGUGAUCAGCGCGGGCGAAGGAUCACCAUUAUUAUGCCCCUCGUUGGGUCUCUGAUCUACACGCUUUCAUUCCUGGCCGUCUCCUUCUUCGAGCUAAACCUGUAUCUCCUCAUUGGCGCCUCUUUUGUUAGUGCCCUCUUUGGUGGUAUCAGCACCAUGCUAGGCGGCUGCUUCGCCUACGUGGCCGAUUUAUGCGCGGACGACAAGCAGAAAACCAUUCGCAUGGCGGUGGUGGACAUGAUGAUUGGCUUGUUGGCGGGUGUGGCGUCAAUCUCCACUGGGUACUUCCUGCAUGCGACCGGUUUCAACUGGCCUUUCUUCACGUCAGCCAUGUUUCAGGUGGUUAACUUGCUAUACGCUAUCUUCCUCCUGGAGGAAACCAGGGUGAUUGACAGCUCAGAGACUGUGGCUUGUUGCCAGGCCCUGAAGAAACUAGCAUGUGGUAUCUACUGCUUGUUUUCAGGAGAAAGUACUCGAAAAAAAUGGGUUCUUGCGCUGCUGAUUGUUACGUUUUCCUCCUUAUCUUUUGUCAAUACCGGGGGUUUGUCCAUGACAACACUUUAUGAACUCAAUAAGCCGCUGUGCUGGACCGAGAUCCUCGUGGGCUAUGGCUCUGCGGCCAGCACCUCCAUUUUCAUCACUAGUUUUCUCGGUGUGUACUUGUUCUCUCUCUGCCUGCCUAACACAGCUAUCGUCCUCAUCGGGAUGCUGUCAAUCGUUAUAAGCAUGUUGAUGACGGCUUUCGCAAAGACUACGCUUAUGAUGUUCCUCGUAAGGAUUCCUGCUAUGUUUGCCAUCAUGCCGUUUCCCAUCCUGCGUUCGAUGAUGUCAAAGGUCGUCUCAAAGUUCGAGCAGGGAGCGCUCUUUGCCUGUGUGGCUUUUAUGGAAAACCUGAGCAGCAAUGUGUCCUCUGCGGUUUUUAGCAAAAUCUAUGCAGAAACUGUAGCAUGGUGUCCAGGCUUUGUCUUCCUAUUGGGUGCUGGACUCAGUGUCAUUCCCAUAAGCCUACUGGGCAUCCUUAGGUUUUUCCAUCCAUUGGAUUCUAAUGACACUCAAGCACUUUUAUCAGAAGAUGGGACAGAAGCUUCAGACGACCCACCUGUAGCUUAAAUCCAAAGGGAGUUCAAAUACCUCAGUCAUUCACUUCAAAUCCCCUGUGUGUUUAUUUACUUUCCUCAUACUGACACAGGGAGAUAAACUAAGAACUGGAUACAACUGAGCACAUGUGAAGCCAAAAGUCUGUUAUUAGUAUUUUCAGCCAUAAAUAUGUUUUUUUUUUUUUUUUUCGUGAAAUGCAGUAUAUGAUAAUAGUGGUUUUAGGGAAGAUCACAAAAGAAGGGAACAUAAUUUUAUAUUUCUAAAAGGGAAUAUAUUUAAUAAUAGUAAUUUCAGUUUGCAUUUCUAAAAGGAAACAUUAGCAGCUUGCAAGGCUGCAACAAAAUGGGAUUGAAGUUUAAGGUACGCUAAGUUAAAUUUUAAGGUUCUGUGUCAUCUGCAAACAAGAAUCAAUGCAUAUUAACUGUGAAAGGCUUCUAUAAAUGUUUAAAUCUAUGCAAUGAAGAUAAGUCCAAUCACAAUUCAGGAAGCAAAUAGAUGUAAGAAAGAAGACCAGUCAAAUUUAGUAUGCAAAUAUACCAAUGAAACCAUCACUUGCAAUAUUCUUUAAAGAAAUGUAAGAUUAAAUGUCGAAAAUCAAGGUUAUUCUGAAUUCAUUAGUUGUAUGUACUACUGAAUUAAUUGCAGACGUGUAUUACUUAGAAGAAAUAUCAGUACAUGGCUGCCUUACAAGUACAGUAAUUAUCUAAAGUUUGGACUGAUGUGCAAUACGUUCUUGUUCUGUUUAGAGUAAAAGAUUUAUACAUUUUAUAAGACACAAUUUCAGAUGUUUUUUUUUUUUUUUGUUGUUAUCUCUGCUUUUUAAAGUGUGGCAGGUUUUCAAUAGUGUCACACUGGUCUCAGGUCUGAGUCGUGAGCAAUUCAGUCUGGCUCUGAUCUACCAUUCACCUUUUAUGGGCCUGUUGUCCUGUGUAAUGUGGUGUGGUGCUAAAUUGAUGUGUUCUAGAUAACAUUCUAUACUCCAAAAAACAAAUCGAUUGGUGUAGAUCUGUUUACUUUGUUUGGAUGCUUUGCAGUGGAAAAAAAAAGAUUUUUGAGGACUGGGUAGAUUGAUUUUUGUACGUAUACCCCAUACUUGUGCUCCUACGCACUGAAACCAUACGCAAUUGGAAAGCAUACUGAACUAUUACUACUAAAACAAACCAGUCCAGCUCAUCUAUUUAUACAAACAUGCUCAAACCCUACUAUGGAAACAAAGUUUUUUAUAUAAUAAAAUAAAAUUGCUAUAAAUCAAAUGGC